AAUGCCCUCGGGUGCAGCGUGACUUAAGAUAUGUCAGCUACGCAUUACGUCUGUCGUCCCCUUUGGUCGACCGUGUCAACCGUCCAAUAAGCUUCUUUACUAUCAAUUCGUCCAAUUUCGUGUCUUUGAAUGUACUUCUGUUUGUGGGAGAGCCGUUCGGUUUGAAUUUCGCGCCGCUGAGACACUGGCCGCACGGCCGCGCGGUCGCCACUCCAAGCGAGAAGUAGGAAGAAGUCUAGCAGAAAGCUGGAAAACAAUGGCGUACAUGUUGACUUGCUUUCUGUGAAUUGACGCAAACCUUUUUUUUUUAAAUCGACAUCGAUUUUUCGGAUUGUCCCUGCGGCUUAUUUGGACGAAGUAUUUCAGCCAGUGUGAACUGAGAUAAUCUUUUGAAGUUUCUUUCCUCAUCUCAUUUUGUGAAACAUUUUAAACUUGUACAAUGGCACACAGUGAAAUUAAAAGAAUAAUGGAAGAAGUGUAACUCUACGGCAUGCAACGAGAAGAGAAUGUGGCUGAUUCAGCCGAAAGGGCCAAUAACAUCGUGCAUAAUCAUGAAGCACUAAAUGUUGGAAAUAUUGCUGCUGGGUUUGCAUCACCUAAUGUGCCAGGACCUGCUGUUAAUGUCACAGAGCGCAAUACUCCCCCUGCAAGAAGGCAUACCCUUGGCAUACCUGAAGGAGUACAUCCAUGUGAUACCCCUACCUCUUCCGAAGACGGGGACUCUAGUUCCACUGAAUCGUCAGUCUCUUCAAGUAGCGUCUCACCCCCUCCCACUCCACCUAUUCCUCUAGACUUUUCACCCCCUCACUCGCAAAGGACUGGGUCAUUUCUUGCAUCAGGUUCUGUAGCUGUUCUUCACAUUAGAACCUCUGAAGAAGAUGCAAAUGCCUUGCUUCAUGAUAUAGAAAACAACGUUGUUAGUAUCUCAGAUCUGCUCCAGACAGCACAGCCUUCAGCGUCGAAUCAGCCUCCACCUGUAAAUCAGUCUCCACCUGCAAAUCAGCCUCCACCUGCAAAUCAGCCUCCAUCUGUAAACCAACCUCCAGCUGCAAAUCCACCUCCAUCUGCAAACCAACCUCCACCUGUAAACCAACCUCCAGCUGCAAAUCAGCCUCCUGCUGCAAAUCAGGCUCCAGCUGUAAAUCAGCCUCCAGCCGCAAAUCAACCUCCAGCUGCAAAUCAACCUCCUGCUUCAAAUCAACCUCCAGCUGCAAAUCAACCUCCAGCUGCAGGACCAAGUGACAGGCCGGCAGGAAAUCCUCAGGAUCAACCACAGCAGCCCCGAGUCAGAAGAGGAUUUUUCCCAAUCAUGGAUAGACCAAGGACAAAUAACAACAAUAACAAUCGUGCCAGAAAUAAUAAUAAUACAAAUACUACAAAUGCACUCAUUACCGUGCGCAAUCAACUAUUCUAUACCCUCUUCGUAAAGGCUGCUCUCUUUUAUGCGAGAACUUUCCCCAGACCGGUGAGGAGAUUCCUCGAGUUCUUUUUCCUACUACUGGCCUUGGGCUCUCUGUUUGUUCUGAUCUACAUUCAUGUAGCUUUUUCGAGGACACCCACAAACUGCCUUGAACAUAUUCGUAAAGAUUGGCCUCGUGAUGGCAUUUUAAGGGUGGAAAUUGUUCGAGGAGGUGUUUCAGAUGAUUAUACGGUUGAAAAAUCAUAUGCCAAGGAAGAGCGACUGCGUCAGGAACGAGUGGAAGACAUAAGCUCUGUUUUGGGACUUCUUACAAGAGAUGGUUGGACAAUAUUCAGAGCACUUCCAUUCAGCCAUUAUUUAUGGAAUCCACUCAGCUUUAUGAUUGAACCAUCCACAACAGAAGUUGAGGCAGAUAGAAAUGCAGUUCUCAAUGCAGAAACGGAUGUCUUAACAGCUGAAAGUGGCAAUGAGCCCUCACCAAGUGAAGGAUUGCAAAUGUUGCAUGAAAAUGAAACAUCUACUGAGGAAACAUCAGAAACUUUGUUGAAACCUGAAGAAAUUGCCAAACCUGAAGAGUUUACUGAGAAGUUAUCUAUAUCUGAAGCGGCAGAAGCUGGCCUGAUAUCUAAAGAGGACUUGGAGGAACUUACCCAGGAACUCCAAUCCAGUGAAAUUUUUGUCGUAAUAGACAGUGAGACUGUACUAACGGAAAACAAUACUAUUGAUGGGGAGACCCAGGACAAGUCUGGUAAAGCAUUUUCUGAAGUUGAAAAACUUGUCAGAGCAGUGUGGCCAGAGGAUGCUUAUAUAGUGGAGUAUUCUCUUGAGUAUGGCUACUUACGCCUUGGUGCUGAAAAACGGAAACUGCUGAAAAUUCCUGUGAAAAUUGUUGCUUUGGACCCAACCAAAGAUAAAUGCUUUGGAGAUAGCUUCUUGAGGUUCAUUUUAGAAGAGUUCUUGGGAUAUGAUGAUGUUCUCAUGGCUUCCAUAAAAAAUCUGGCUGAGACAGAAGAUAACAAGGGAUAUUUGAGAAAUGUUGUGACCGGUGAGCACUAUCGAUUCGUGACCAUGUGGAUGGCCCACACAUCCUACUUUGCUGCUCUCUUCGUUAUGCUUGUGUUUACGGUGUCCACGUCCAUGCUGCUUCGCUACUCCCACCACCAGAUCUUCGUCUUCAUAAUUGAGCUGCUGCAGAUGUUCGAGUUCAACGUGACGGCCACCUUCCCGGCCGCGCCGCUGCUCACCGUCAUCCUGGCCCUCGUGGGCAUGGAGGCCAUCAUGUCCGAGUUCUUCAACGACACGCAGACCGCCUUCUACAUCAUCCUGAUCGUGUGGACGGCCGACCAGUACGACGCCAUCUGCAGCCACACGCUCAUCACCAAGAAGCACUGGUUGAGGUUCUUCUACCUGUACCACUUCACCUUCUACGCGUACCACUACCGCUUCAACGGCCAGUACACCAGGCUGGCGCUCGUCACUUCCUGGCUCUUCACACAGCACUCCAUGAUCUACUUCUUCCACCACUACGAGCUGCCGGCCAUCCUGCAGCAGGCGCAGAUCCAGAACAUCCAGCUGCAGCAGGUGCUGCUGCGCCGCCCGAUGGGCCGCCCUGCCGGUGCCGCCGGGGAGGGGGCCGGGACCAACCUUCUAGUAAUUAUCAUGACUUUAAAGCAUUUCAAAAGUAAAUCAGUUUGGUGUAUGCUUGAAUUGAAAUUGAUUUGUCUUGGUCCAACCAGUAUUGUAAAUGUGUUAAAAUGUGAUGUGGUGAAAAAUAGUAGUGAUUUGAUUGACAUUUUGAUCAUCCUGUCUUUGACUUUUCUUGCUGUCUUUUGA